AUGAACCUCGACCAGAUCGGACUGGACACUCUCCCUUCUCAUAUUCGUGGGCACACCAUCAUCGACACCCCAGAGUACGAAGAAGCUAUCCUCCAAUCCUUGAAGGGCCCGAGUCUUUCGUCCACUCCUUCCGAGAGUGACUGGGUCUCGCCCUUCACUCUACCUCCUUUGCCGACUUUGCAUCGCGAUCGUCAUCUACGAGAACCUUCUCAGUCCCCUGAAUUCCAUCGCCAACGAGCUGAGAGUGGUGCAUACUACGCCGCCGCCUGGGGCUCCCCAUACGCUACGCCGAGUCCUCGACGAAGCCCACGUACCACAGAUCGGUCGACUCGGCGGACCGACAUCGAAGGCACCACUCCAUCCGACUCUUCCGUCCGUGGCUCCAGUCCUCUGCCGACGCGAGUCUCUGCAGAGAGCCCGGUGGUCCGACCUCGACGUCUCGACUCGAGUGAAAAGAGACGGCAGGUGAAGAAGAAGUGGCUGAAUCCGCUCUCUGAAAGACCCAAUUGGCUGAGCGAGUCAGAGGACAGUGGUUCCGAAAUAACUGCAAAAGAAGGGGAAAGAACACCAACCCGCCGCGCUUACCUAGGCCAUUGGGGCAUAUCGCCUGACGCGGUCAGCCAACGCCUGCAACGACACCGGCGCAGUGAGAGUCUUGGGACUGUGACCCCGAGUGCUUCCUAUGGUUCCCAACCCGAAUUAGCAGCAUCAUCCUAUUCGCGGAGAUUGAUAGCUCCUGCUGUGGGAGAUAGAAUGGCGGAACAAGAAGCAGAGAGUACCACAACUGCUGAAAAACCUCUUCCUGACCCGCCAUCACAGUCUGUGGUGCAUGCAGAAGAGCAGAAAGCGAUGGCCAGCCCGAACUCGGAACCGCAGCGACCGCGAGUCGCAUCCAUGCAAUCAUACCAGCGACCCAAGAAAAAGGUUGCGUGGAAGGGUAAGACUUGCAUCAUCGCCUUGCCACUCACCGACCGAAAAGCUGCUGGUCUUCCGCCUCUACUCACCCCGCAAGACAUCAAAGAGCGCGUUGAACGCUGGGCCAAAGCCGGCUAUGGCGUGGAUGGUUUCGAGCUCACCAAUGUUGCGGACGGACUGCCGUCGAAUGCUAGUGGGCAGAGCCGGCCGAUGUACCCGGACCCAGCAGACAUGCGAACCGAACGAACUCUGCGCAAGUACCAGGUCCGUAUUCCGGACCAAGAGGAAUGGAACGCCUUCGUCAACUACCUUAAGGAGGAGAAGCUUCGUGCGCUGGGUGUGAGUCCAAGUAAUUCGGAAGUACCGCCAUCAACAAAGUCACCCUUCUCGGCAGCUUUGAGUCGAGUUUCGUCUGGAUACCCAGGGUUGGCGCCGUCGCCGCCGGUUGCCUCGUCCUCGUCAGCAAGCAAUCCACUACGGGUGACAAGCAAUCCCUUUUCUCCGUCCUUAUUGUCUUCUACGGGUAUCAGCCCACAGCCUGGAUCUAUGGCAUCUUCUCAAUAUACUGGUGUGCCAAGAUCUUUACAGGGACAUGGGUACAAGCAAUCUGUCGUUCAUCAAGGUGCCUACGGACGAAUUACAUCACCAUUUGACGGGUCUAUAUCCCAGUCAAGUUCGUUUGGACACGGCUCUCGACCUAAUGUGCCACCACUAUCUUCACGACAAAAUAGCUUCUCGCCGAAUCAUCCCGUCUUGUUGCCUAAUUUGGGCGAGGUUCUGUCCCCUCAAGUACAACAGCGUGGCACUGGUCAGAACGUCAACUUUGUGCCUGAGCCCAAACGUUAUGGCCCGCUAUCUCCAGACAGCAACAUAAGCUAUGGUCAUCGCCAUCAGCAGACACUUAGCCCAGCCCUACAAUACCAUACGGAUACCCACGUCCGUACACCAGAAAAUCGGGCCCCUUCGCCGCCUCCUAUUGAGAUUGCUCACCCAACACCGAAGAGCCAUCGGCAGAACCUCAGCAUGGCUCUACAACGAGGUGUUGACGAGGCGGAGGCCGCCUCUCGUGCGCAUGUGGGUGCCGGUGCUGGCGAGGAGUCGGAAACCGUGCAGAUUUCUUCCAGGAAGAAUUCGAUGAUGGAUGAGGAGCCCCCUAUUCUAAGAAGGCCUGAGACAAUGUCUGCUGCAGACGAAAGAUCGGAAAUCGAAACCAACCCCAGCAUUGCGGCGACUCCGAUGCUAAUGGACGACAAGAAUCCGUUCGUCAAUUGGCAGGCAUUGAGCGAUGCGGCGAAAGCAGAAUCCAAACCAAUCGCGGAAUCCAUCCCCUCGGCGUCAAGGCUUAAUGUGCAGGCGAAAGAAUUUGAUCCGCAGGCUGGCUUUUCAAGCUCCAACUUCGCAUUUGGGGACAGUAGCGGGUUCAAACCAUUUGGCUUUUCCCAGUCACCACAUGCCCCAGUAUCGCGAAAAGCUUCAGCUCAAAAUCGCUUGUCGCUGAAUGCCGAUGCCCCGGCCUUUACACCCUCCUUCACAUCCCAAAAUCCCCCAAGAGAAACACAAUUUAGGUUUACCUCGGCCACUUUCAACGUGACAGCACCGGUAUUCGAUCCAGCGAGCUCCCCAAGGACGAAUUUCCGGGAUGGGGAAGGCUCUGCUGCCGUCACAAGUCCUGACGCUACGAAGAGCAUCUUUGGCAAGGUGGUCAUUGAUCCAGCAUCAAAGGUGACAAGGAGGUCAAGCAAACCGAUUCCAAUUCAAGCCCCCAAAUAUGCGGAGACGCAAGAUCACAGCCCAUCAAGCAGUGAAUAUGAGGAUGAGAUCGAUGACUCUGGCCGUCCAAUGGCACCUAGCGAUCGACAAAAGAGGGCCCGACGAAAUGACAGAGACGGAGACAGGAGUCCGGUAUACGCUGACUCGGCACCUUUCAACCACGAGAGAAUUCUGUCAGAAAUCGUUGAUGAUAUCGAUCAGAACGGACCACCCCCGGAGAGCCCGAAGAAGCCAUCGGAUGGUUGGUCCUACAUUCCUGCUGACGAAAACCCGAUGGAAAGCCCUACUGACGUACCGCCGGCUGAAGAAGAUAUGGAUGUCACUCAAGACACCGAUCAGGAGUUCACCAUGGACACUCAAGAAAACGUGGCCAAAUUCAAUGAAGCUCGACCUGCUUUCGACGCGGAGCCUGUGAAGCCUGUGCAUACCAUUGAACAGCGGCUGAAAGAUGCGGUGAAAGAUGAAUCAGUUACGCCUACGAAUGUUGAAGAGUCAACAAGACCACCAGUCCGGAAGCCUAAAUCAUCCCUAUCAGCACUUGCCAAACCAUUUGAGUAUAGACCGUUUUCGUCCAGCCCAUAUACAUCGUCAGCCGCAAAGACUCCAGCGAAGCCAAAAGGAUUGGAAGCUUCGAAAUACGCAGUAUCAUCGAGCCCGCCUCAAUCUUCAGCCGAUCUGACUGCGAGCCUGUCUUCGCCUCCUGCGGAUCUGUACCAUUAUGUUGAGAAGGACGACGAUUCGCUGAGCGACAAAGAGGAAAUUGUGGAAGUAAUAGAAGAGCCAUCGACUGAAGAGGAGAUCGAGUCGCAGAAAGGAGAUCGAAGCUCCGAUCUGGACGCUGACGCCGCUAAAGCGGUGGAAAUGACAGAAGAAAGAUCCAUUGAAACGCAUGAGCAGCCAUAUCAUGACGAGAUAGAGCUUGACAUGCCUCGAUUGAGAUUGCGUGAUCAUGAUGAUCCAUUGCCUUCAUUCGAGGAGAUUGAUGCCGUUAUGAAGCAGUUCGAGGUAUACCCAGAGCUUGGAAUUGAGCGUAACGACACCCCUAUUCAAUCCACACCACUCGUUGACAUGCGCCUGGGAGAUAAUUUCCGAAGUGAUGCUCCUAGCCCCAGCCCACCACGCCGUCCGGCGCAUUCCGCCGCUCACAAUGAUGCCUCACAUGCGCCAUCUAUUGGCUUGGGCAUUGGAGUUCACAAACUAAACACAGGCAGAGAAGACGUCAGUGACUGGGGCGAUACAAUGUCAGCUCCAGAAGCUGCGAAACUGCAACUGCGAUCUCAGUUUUUUGAUGGACAUGUGAGUGAGUUAGUGGAUGGCAUUCUUGAAAAUCGUCUUGGGCCACUUGAACGAACUCUACAUACCAUUCAACAAUCCUUGACUUUGAUGGGAGGAGGAGUAAGACCUAAGAGUAGUGGUCGUAGUGUUUCUACAGACAUGAAGCACUCCGACGCUGAUGACGAGGAUGAAUAUGACGCUUUCGAGGGCUUUGCGGCCUACAGGUCGAGAUCUCCUGUCGCGAGAAGGAACGAACGCAGGCAAUCCCAGAUUCGUGCCGCUGUUGCUGAAGCCCUUGCUGCGCACCAACCAACCCAGGCCCCCCAACCGUCAAUCGAGAUAGCCGAAUUCAACACAGUCAUCCAAGAGAUGAGAGAGAUGGCGCAGCAAGCAGGAUCUCAAAACACACUGAGUCAGCUCAAAACUAUUGUAGAGGAAGUCAUUUCUCACCAUCCUCGCCUACGCGGUUCACGUGUCCAGCAAGAGCACGACUCUGCGGAGCAGAAGUAUAAACCUCAGAUUGAUGGACUUGAAUCUAUGCUGAAGAUCUCGAGAGAGCAUGCCGCUGAAGAGGUUCAGCUUCGUCGACAGGCCGAGGAGCAGGUUGCGGAGUUGAAAAUCCGCUUGCGUAUUGCAGAGGAAGAAGCCGCACAAUACCGAGAAUCAUCAGAAGAAGCCCAACAGACGCUAGUGGCAUUCGUCGAGGAAAAGAAGUCGUAUGAAAAGGCCCAGGAUGAGAUCGAAGCGCUGAGCCUUAGGAACACCGCCCUCGAAAGCACUCUCGAAGAGUAUCGUGUCUCAAGUGAUCAAUGGAGAGAAGACAUCCGGUCCGAACGAGAAAAGAACAAGGAGCUCAAACGCGACUUCGACGUGUUGCAGCAGCACUUUGACGACCAGUCGCAUUCUCGGCAAUCUCUGAAAAGCAAGGUAGAACGACUGCAGUCACGUAUGACUCAGGCUGUCCAAGACCUGCAUGCGGAGCAGGCCGACUGGCGUCAUAAGGAACAUGAGCUUCUCGGGAGACUCGCUCAAGUCCAACACCAGGUUGAUCUCGAACGUCGACAUCGUGAAAAGACCGAAGAAGAGCUCCACGCUUUGGACAAGGAACAUAGAGCCAAUCUUCAAGUGAAGCCUCUUCUGGAACAAGCUCAAUUGGAUGUGAAUAAUUUGAACGGACUUGUCGCAACCCUCCGAGAAGAAAACAGGCUUCUUGAUGUCAAAGCCUUCAACCUCGACCGGGAAUUGACCAGCUCUAUCAAGACCAAAGAGGCCGAACUCGCUACGGCAACAGUGAAGUUACAGGCUGAAUUGGAGAGUGCGCUUGGACAACUCCAGAGUAUCAAGACAGAUUCCGAAGCUCAAAUCACGCGACUGCAGAGUCGCCUUGACCAUGCGGAACUAGAUAUCGAGGACCAGAAGGCCAAGCAUGAUGCCAUCUUGUCGGAAACCAUCGAAGCGCAUAAAGAGGCAAUUCGCGAGGCAAAUGAAAAGAGAGAACUCGCUCUUGAGGAACAACACCAGGUUCACGAGAAGAAACUAAAUGAUCUUCGCGAUCGCCACACUCGAGAGCUGCAUAAUUCCUUUGACAACAGAACAAGACUUGAACAUCAUCUGAACGAGAAACUCAGCUUGAGUGAAGACAAGGUGAAACACCUAGAAGGCAAGAUUACCGAUCUUGAGGAGAGAUUGGAGAUCACCAAAUCUGCAGCUCGUGCCGCCGUCGAAGCCGCUACGGCCAAAGGUGUCAAUCUGCCUACGCCGGCGUCUUCAGUGGUCGCGUCUCCACCACAGCGAGCUGCAAGUGCUUCAAUCUCGUUUGUGAAAGGGACCGAGGUGCCCGAAAAGAUCUCGCCACAAGCCCUGCGAGAGUCUAUCAUGGUUUUGCAGGAUCAGUUGCAAAAUCGUGAACAAAAGAUUGAAAAACUAGAAGCUGAACUAGCAGCAACGGAUAAAGAUGCACCUAACAAGUUGAAAGAGCGGGAGACCGAGAUAGGCUGGCUUCGAGAGCUGCUCAGUGUACGCAUGGAUGAUCUAGAAGAGAUUAUCGGUUCGUUGUCCGAGCCAAAUUUUGAUCGAGAGACUGUUAAGGACGCUGCGAUCAGGUUGAAGGCGAAUCUGCAAAUGGAACAACAGCUGAGAGAGCGCGCAACGGCAGGGCAGUCAAGUUCUUUCCCGUCGAUAUCAACCCUGACCAGCUAUGCUCAGUCACCGCGAGCACUACCGAUGGCCGCUGCAGCUGCGUGGGGCAACUGGCGUAGGGCACGCGAUACCUCCAUCGGAGCGUUGUCUGACCUGGCCACCAAUCUAGGCACUCAGACACCCACGAGGUCGGCCAGCGGCAGUCCUAGCAGCUUUCUCUCGGGCAUCAUCACGCCUCCGGGCACUUCUCAGAAACCAACGGGGUCUACCGAGAUGCCUCCUCCAGGCGCGAGACCACUUGCAGCCGCAGCCGCCGCCGCUCGAAAGACGAGCUCCGAAGCACGACCAUUGAGAGGCUACAGCUCGCAACCCCGAGCACUCGCAAGUAGACAACCAGACAAACGGCCAGAUAGUUCGCAAUCUGAACCUCGACGUCUAAGACCGGAAUCGCCACAUACACCCACCCAAUCGAAGCGGCCCAGUCUUGAGCUCACUGAUGAUGUGGAUGACGACGCAUCACCACUCGAUGGCAAAGACAUGACGGCGCGGCGCUUUCAGGAGCCUGAAUCUGUAACUGCUGACUGA